CAUUUACUUUUUUGUAGAGCCAGACAAGACAGUUGGAAGGUUAGGCGGUGGGCAUGUGCAUGAGUAGUGAUGGCACUACUGAGGAGGAUAGCACUACUGAAUAUAUGUUUAUACUAGAGAACUGUAUGGUGGUCUACAGUAAACUACGCUUUCGUUCCUUAGUUAAACGGUAGUAGGCGGGUGGUUGGCAGUGGGGUCGUCAUGGGACUGAGUUAUAAAUUGGUUUAUCUACUCCACCUCGUACCUUGCCCUUCACCGUUCAUCAUUUUGUGGGGUUUCGACCCCAUAGCACGUGACCGCCUGUCCAAAAAUACAGUUCAGCCUCGCCAACGACCCGUCAUCGCUACCCUAGCUUCCUUCCACCAGUCGAGUUAAGAAAGUUCACACAACACCUCAGUCGCACCACACUGGGCCAACGCUUGAAUAUGGCAGACACACCACCAACGACAUCAUCCCCAGGGGGAACCCCUCCCUCCAGCGCUUCCGAACAAGCUCGCAUUCGCCGAGAACGUCGUGAGGCUAAAAUAAAAGCUGGAGGGACGUCGAGGUUAAACAAAAUCACAGGGCUGGGUGGUGGCUUACAACGAGAUGUAAAGCCUGCGGCUGCAGCACCCCAAGCAGCAUCCGUCUCUCACGCGGACCCGGACGAAGUUGACAUUAGCGAGCACUUUUACGAACCACCGCUGAAUAUCCGCUCCCAAAAUGCUACGCCAAACCCCAACCGUCCAUAUCCCGGCCUGUCAUCGGACCCAAGUCAGUUGGACGACCAGGCUCUUAGAGCCAUGAUGCUCGGCUUCCCCCCGCCUAACGGGAGUCCUCAGCCCCAAUCCAACCCAUUUGGUGGACCACCGAACCCGUUCGCGGCAAUGGGCAACCCUGAUGGCACCGGUGAUCCGGCCAAUGAUCCAAUGAUGGCUAUGCUGCAACAGAUGAUGGGAGGUGCGGGAGGUGAGCCGGGAGCUAUGCCAUCUUUCCCUGGCCUGCCACCGAUGGGGUUUCCGGGGAGCGACGCCAAUGGACCACCAGCGGUAAAGACAUCCGCUUAUAUAUGGCGCAUCGUGCACGCCAUUUUUGCCUUGGGAUUUGGCAUAUGCAUCGCCUUCAAUUCAAAAUUUGGCACCGAAACCCAACGUAGGUACGGUAGUGAGGUGGUAGAUCUGAGAGCAUUUUACGUGUUCGCGACGGUGGAAGCGAUACUACAGGGCACUCGGUUUAUCUUUGACAGAGGACAAGACAGCCAAACUGGGAUUAUAGGGACGGUUUUACGGUUCUUGCCCCAGCCAUUUGGAGGAUAUCUUCGGAUGUUUAUGAACUACCGAAGUAUCUGGACUACGACAAGUGCCGAUGCCAUGGUUGUGGUGUUUGUUCUCGUGGCUGCUAACCAUUGGAGAAUCUCCAACGAAGAUGGUAGCGAGCUUUUUGGCAGCACUCAUGGCAUCAAUUAGCCUAAAAAACUUAGUUAAUAAAGCUCAUUGAGUUCAUUUGAUGACAUGUUUCUAUGCUUGACGCACGCUGUAUUCACAUCACAAUCUAUCGUUUUGCCGUUAGAGAAUAUUAGUUAAUAUGCCAGCUAAGUUGCCAACUUGUAACGUACCUCAAUUCGGG